ACCACCUGUACGUGGCAUUGUGGAGUCGGCGUUGAUGCUGUUAGGCUUUCGGGAUGCCAGCUGGGCAUCUGCCAGGGCUGCUUUCGAAGAUCCUGAACGCUUCAAGGAGAAGCUGCGUUCAUUCAACGCAUCGAAAAUCUCCCGUUUGCAGUACCAGAAGCUCCGACGAAGUCUUCAAGCAACCAAGGGACUAGAGCAAAGCAGGAACAAAUGCGGCAGCCUGGAGGAGUGGUGCUGCGCUGUAGCCGAUGUCCUGAGCUCCCGCUACAGCGAAGCUGCUUUAGCCGAAGCGGCAGCCAAGCGUCUUGCUGCUUCAAAUUCAGGCGUGAGUGGAACCAGCGCUGCGCCUUCAAAGCCAGAGCAACUGGAGGCCUGGCUCCAGAUGCCGCCAGCAAUGAAGACCCUCGUGCUUUGGGCCGUCAUGGCCCUCGUGGUCGUAGUCCCCGUUGAGGGCUUGGCCGCACCAAUGCAAAAAGUCAUAGGAGCACUUGAGAAAAUGCAGGCAACAAGUGAGGAGGAGAUGCAAGAAGAGAAGAUACAGUUUACCAAGUUUGAUCAGUUUUGUUCAGCAACUCUGGAUGCCAAAAAGAAAGCCAUCCAACAGACAACAGUUACUUUGGAGAGUAUUACUUCGGAGAUUUCUCGACUGGACAGUGAGGCUGAGAAAAUGGCAACAGAGAUUGCACAGCAUGAGGCAGCAAUCAGGAAUUCUCAAACGCAGCAGUCCAAUGCCACAGAGUUGCGAAAAGCUGAAGAGGAGAAUUUCAACGCCACACAUUUGGAUUUACAGGAGUCAAUCGUUGCCAUCCAGAAGGCACUUCAACAAUUGAAAAAGGAAAAAAAGGAAGACUAUGACCGUCCUCAGUCAACUUCGUCCUUUGUGCAAAGCAACCGUGGACUUGGUGGACUUGAACGCUCCGAAGCAGUGGCCAAAGCCCUGGCUUUGGCUGGAGCAUUUCGCAACAAGCCUGUGCCUCCAAAAGCAGAUGCCUAUGAAUUUCAAUCCGGAAGCAUCAUUGAAGUUUUGGAAGACUUGAAGGACCAGUUCAAGAAGCAAAUUGCCGAAGUGGAGAGUGUGGAGACAAAGAAGAAAAAUAGUCAUGAAUUGCUACUGAGCAGCCUUGACAGUGAGAUUAAAGUCAACAAGAAAGCGACCGAAAAGAAGUCCGGUUUUAAGGACUCGGCUCUCGGUCGCAAGGCUGAAGCAGAGGCUAAGAAGUCUGAUGUGAUGGCAGAUUUGGAGGCUGAUGAAAAAUAUCGAAAUGAUUUGUCUGUGGAGUGCAAGGUGAAAGGCGACGACUUCGCGGAGCGACAGCGCGUUCGAUCCGAUGAGAUUCAGGCUAUGAAAAAAGCUAUUGAUAUUUUGAGAAAUCCUUCCUUUCUGCAAAGCUCACAGACUCCAAUGUCUCCAUUUGCCAAAGCAUCGUCCUUAGCUCUUCUUCGGUCAGCAAAUCGUUCUCCUCCUAUCGCUGAAGCAAUGAAAUUCCUGCAAAAGCGUGCGGAAGAACUGCACAGUCAAAGCCUGCAGAACUUGUUGGUCCGCUUGCAGCAGGUCCCAAAUGUGGCUGUGGAAAAUAUCGUGAAAAUGUUAAAAGAGAAGCUUGAAAAGCUUCAGACCGAAGAUGUGGACGAUUCCAAGCAGAAGGUUUGGUGUAAAGAUGAGCUUUCUGAGAAUGGUGAAGCACGGGAAACAAAGGGUGAUGAGGUGGAGAACCUCAAGGCAGAGAUCGAGCAGCUACAGUCCUCGCUGGUCCAGCGCAGCGAAGAGAACGAAGAACUUGCUGAUGACAUGACUAAGAUGGACAGAAGCAUCCAAGAAGCCACGGCAAUGCGAAACGAGGAGAAGGCUUCGAAUCUGAAAAGUUUGAAAGAAGCCACUGAAGGCAAAGAGGCGCUGAGCGCUGCGAUGGAUGUCCUGCAAAGCUUCUACCAGUCUUUGGCCUUGGUGCAACAAUCUGCUGUGAAGCAAAGGCUGCGGCAGGAAGGAAGAGAGAUCAAGCCAGAGUUCAGUGCAGGAGGCUACAGUGGACAGAGCGGGCAGAACAGCAUCAUCGCUUUGCUGCAGAAAGUAGCAGCCGAUUUUGCCAAAGAGGCAUCAGGUUUGAAAGCAGCAGAGGAUGCUGCAGCAAGUGAGUUCAAACAAUUUCUUUCGAACACAAAGUCAGAUAGAAAGAAAAAGGAAAUUACACAGCAGCACAACACAAUGUCAAUGACCUCUGAAACGGCUUCGCUCGAGCAGAGAAAGAAAGACUUGGCAUCCACAGAAAAGCAACUGGAUGCUGCUUUGGGAUAUUACAAGGAGUUGAAGACGAAAUGCUUGAACUCCAACACAAGAUUUGCUGAUGCUCGAAAAAAGCGUGAGGAGGAGAUCAAGUCGUUGCAGAAUGCCUACAAGAUCCUUUCUGUGAAUUUGUGAAAGCCGGAAGCGAAGUCAAGUUCGGGCUGAAAAAAAAAUGUGCAAUGUGAUUGCAGUUGCAGUGCUCAGCUG